AUGGGGCGGACGACUGGAGCGUAUCAGCAACAGCAGGCGGUCCUGCUGAUGACCACUACACGGCGCGUGUGGGGCCAGAUAACAGCGGGCCGGCUGCCGUCGUCCUGGAUUAGUGUCAGACGGCGGCGGCAGCUGAUCCGUGCUGCUCUGCGCCUGGCGAUAAGCCGCAGGCGGUCUCCCAAGUCGCGAGGUCUGGAGGCGGCGGCAGCGAAUACAACCAGCCGCGUCUGCAUCUACAGCAGGCAGUACAUCAUGACCAUUUCUGUCGAGCUGGAGAUGAAGCCGCCUCCUGAACAUGCAGCUGAAGGAAGCCGAAGAGCCAGCAGACUGAAGCAGCACCUGGCCGCCAUUGCUAUGAGCAUCGGGGCGCUGGGCACGGGCACGACACUCGGCUGGACCAGCGUGGCUAUCCCGGAGCUGCAGUGCGGCUACGCGUCUGCGGCCGGAGCGCAGUGCUACCAGUCGUGGCAGCUGUCCUGGGUCUCGGGCUGCAUGUCGCUGGGGGCGCUGGCGUUCUCGCUGCCCGUGGGGCGGCUGGCCGAUGUGCUGGGACGCAAGUGGGCCGGGCUCUGCCUGGGCCCCCUCUUCCUGGCCGGCUGGGCCUUCCUCAUCUGGGGAGACUCGCUGGCGUUGCUGUGCGUGGGCCGCCUGCUGACCGGAGCUGCGGGCGGAGCCUUCAACGUGCUGGCGCCGGUGUACAUCGCCGAGGUGGCCCAGAAGGAAGUCCGGGGAGCACUGUGCGGCUACUUCCAGCUGCUGCUCACCGUCGGCACCCUCUACGUCUACGUGCUGGGUGCGGUGACCGGCCUGUUCUGGACCUCCGUGGGCUGCGCCGUGGUGCCCGCGGUCUUCCUGGUGGCACUCUCGCUGGUGCCCGAGACUCCCCCCUACCUGCUGCAGGGUGGCCGGGAGGACGAGGCCCGGGCGGCCCUCCGCUGGCUGAGGGGACCGUGCUGGGACGUGGAGGCGGAGCUGGCCGAGGCGAGGGCGGCUCUGGAGGAGGACUCCGGGAACGGGAGGUCCGGGUCCCUCCGGGAGGGGCUGAGCACCCCUGCUGCCGGUCGGGGAAUCGUCGCGGGGCUGGGGCUCGUCACGUGCUUCCAGCUCUGUGGCAUCAAUGCUGUGCUUUUCUACGCGUCCGAUAUCUUCCUGAGAGCGUCGUGCGGAGCCCUGGAGGCGGAUACGUCUGCCGUGGUGGUGGGCGCCAUGCAGGUGGUGGCGACGCUGGUUGCGUCACUGGUGGUGGACCGCGCGGGCCGCAGGCCGCUGCUCGUGGCGUCCGCCGCAGUGGUGGGGCUGUGCGCUCUGCUCCUGGGAGCCUACUUCCAGCUGGACUCCAGUGGCGAGGCCGAGGGCCUGGACUGGCUGCCCCUCGCCAGCCUCUGCCUGUUCGUGGUGGCCUUCUCGCUGGGGCUCGGGCCCGUCACCUGGGUGCUGCUCGGAGAGCUGUACGCCCCCGAGGUGCGCGCCUUUGCGGGCUCCCUCUGCUGCCUCGUCAGCUGGACCUUCUCCUUCCUGGUCACCACCUUCUUCAGCGAGCUCAGCUCCGCCGUCGGCGUCCAGGGAACCUUCUGGAUCUUCGGCUCCGUGGCAGUCGCCGGCGCCCUGUUCGUGUUCUUCGUGGUUCCCGAGACGAAGGACCGGUCGCUGGAGGAGGUGCAGAGGCAGCUGUCUGGCGGGGCCCGAGUGUGGAGUUUGUCCUGCACCUGCAGAUGAACCUCCUCACCUCAACAAAUCUGGAUGUUACAGUGAUCACCAUUCCUCUGGAUGAACCCACAUUCGUACACGAAUCAGCGAAUGGUAGUAACACGGUCUCACUUUUUCUAAUAUCAGACAUUCACUUGAUCACUUGGAACAAUCUACUGGACCACAACAGGAACCCAGGCCCUCAUCUGCCACCAGUAAUGCUCUUCCAACUGAGCCACUACCUUUUUUCCUUAAAAUGAUACAAGUUUCCAGCUCAUGGACUUUAUCACAUUCAUUAGCUGAUUUAAAUAGUGCUCCAGAUCACGAUUCAUGACUUUUCUCAAGUACAGCAGUUACCAUAUACGUACCAUACACUUACAUACCAUCCUGUAUGUCUUAUUGGACCCGCUACAGUUGCAGGUUCGAAUCCUGCCUCGGGCAUGGAUGUGUGUGAUGUCCUUAGGUUAGUUACGUUUAAGUAAUUCUAU